AUGCAAAAUAAGAUGGCUCGCGUGGUUGCCGAGCCUAAUUCCACGGACGAUAUCUCUCGGAUCCUCAAGCGCCGCGGUCAGAAGAUGUUCGAACAAACCGACAACCAGAAGAAACUGGAGCAGCUUGAUAUCGAUUCCGUCCUUGCAAACGCAGAAUUACACCAAACCGAAGAGGCCGAGCAAAUCCAAGCUGACGGUGGCGAGGAAUUUUUGAAAGCAUUCGACUUCGUCGACAUCAAAGUUGACGAUCUCACCUGGGACGACAUCAUUCCCAAGGAACAGCUCGAGGUGAUCAAGGCCGAGGAAAAGCGCAAAGAUGAUGACCGUUAUCUCGCUGAGGUCGUUGAGCAAAAUCGACCCCGCAAGCGCCACGCCCCCACGGACACUACAGAUUCACGAGAGGAACGCAAGGCGAAACGACUCGCAAGAGCUCAAGUCAAUAUCGACGAUGGCGAGGAAGAGGGUGCCUCCUUGGAUCCUAAGCGCCCCCUCGGAGAAAAAGAAUACCGUGCGCUUUCUCGAGCUUUCCUUCGCUACGGCGAUCUGGAUGACUCUGAAGACCUCAUCCUCGAGGAUGCCAGGUUACAAAGUCGCGAUCGAGGCACCGUUCGUGAUGCUCUUCAUGAAAUUACCGACAAGGCAAACGCACUUGUCCAAGAAAGUCUGGACCAAUUAGAGGCCAUGAAACAAUCGGGUAGGAACCCCACGAAGAAAGAACAGAAGGCCGUCUUGUUCGACCAUCACGGUGUUAAGCGACUCAAUGCAUGGACUAUCGUUGAGCGUCCGCCCGAUAUGCGCCUCAUCCGAAGCAUCAUCAAAGCAUUGACUGAUUUUAAGACAUUCCGGCUUCCUGAGGCUACCAAAUUAGCGGACUACAGCUGCCAGUGGGGUGCGCGUGAAGACGGGAUGCUUCUUGUGGGUAUCGCACGCCAUGGGUUUGGUGCAUGGACCCAGAUUCGUGAUGACACCGAGCUUGGCCUCGGCGACAAAUUCUUCCUCGAGGAACACCGAGUGGAGCGAAAGACGCAACGCCUGCAGACCGAUGAGAAGGCAACAAAAUCACCGGGUGCUGUCCACCUUGUUCGACGAGCUGAAUACCUCAUGUCUGUUCUGAGAAACAAGUACAAUAACAACGCCACAGCAAGAAGGGCAGUUGACAAUCACCACCGCAACAAUAAGCGUGGCUCACGGGUUUCGGGUAGUGGCAGUGUCUCCGCCUCUCCGGCGCCCUCGAGCUCUCGCAGGCCCGAGAAUCCCCGCAAGGGCCACCGUGAAUCUGAUCGAUCACGGCCCCGCCCCCGGGAGGGAGACCGUCAUAAUACUCCCAGCCAUGACUCUCGUCCACGGUCUAGUCUUGAUGAUCGUCCACGCCAUCGUCUAUCCGAUGCCUCUAAUGAUGAGCUUCGUCGCCGCAAAGGUCAUGAGAACGGCAGUUCUAAUAAAGAAGACAUGGCUUUCAUGUUCUUCAAGCCUAUUGUUGCCAACUUGAAGCAAGUGUCAAUGAUCACUGCCAAAAACUACCCAAGCAAAAACGAGCGGGCCCAGAAGCUCCGUCUUACCCUUGUGAAGAUCGGAGAAUUCAUUCGCAAUACUCUGGAGGGCUCACACUCCAUGCCAUCCUUGGAGGUCCGACUCUGGGAUUAUGUUUCACUCAACUACUGGCCAAACAAAGAUGCCAGUGGCGCUAAGCUGCAGCAGAUGUUCAAUAAAGUCAUGGAAGCUAGUAAAGCUUCCAAGGCCUCUAAUGGCAGCUCAGCUUAA